AUGGAUUUCUUACCUACAGUUUCUGUUGAACGAUUACCCGAAAAAUAUCUCCCUCCAGGGAUCACUUCUAUGAAAUUCAGUAAUCUGUGGCUUGGGCAUGUCGCACCAAGAAUCGGAGGCAUUCGUGUUCAGAGCCUUAACAAAGGUCAAAUAACAAUGGACAUUGACUUCCAGUAUAUUGGCGACUUAAGCAUCAUUCUUGCCAUUGAAGCAGCACUUGCCCCUUCAAUAUCCAGAGAAUUAAAGGAUCUUCGGGUUUUCACCGUUAUUUGUGUCAUCUUUCAGCUCACCGAAGAUAUACCCUGCAUUUCUGCUGUGGCUGUUGCAUUACUCUCCGAGCCAAAUCCUAAGAUUGACUACAAAUUGAAGGCACUUGGAGGGAAUCUAGCAGCAAUACCUGGACUUUCAGCUAUGAUCGACUGUACUAUAAAUACAAUCGUCACAGACAUGCUUCAGUGGCCCCAUAGGAUUGUCAUUCCAAUUGGCGGUAUGCCUGUCGAUACAAGUGACUUGGAACUUGAACCGCAGGGGAAGCUCUCAGUAACCGUACUCAACGCCAAUGACCUGAAGAAUGUAGACUGGAUUGGUGUAUUUGAUCCUUAUGCAGUUGUGUACAUUCGGCCUCUAUUCAAGGUUAAGACAAAGGCCAUCUCCAACAACCGCAAUCCUGUGUGGAAUCAAACCUUUGAGUUGAUUGUUGAAGACAGAGAAACACAAUGGCUUAUCCUUGAGGUUUAUGACAAGAAUGUUGCGCGAGAUGAGCGAUUCGGGAUAGUAAGAUUACCUUUGAAUGAUUUGGAACCAGGAAAUCCAAAAGAGAUAAGCCUCAGAUUGUUACCAUCACUUGACAUGCUAAGAAUUAAAGACGAGAAAGAUAGAGGGAUUGUUUAUUACGAAUUCAGCAGAGAAGAGCAGAUAGCAGCCCCUUGGGAAACUUGUUCCUCCAAGUAUGAAGUUCAUUCAUGA